AUGGCUACGCGUACGAUGCUGUUUCUUUUGCUGUUAGUGCAGUAUGUGUUUGCUAGCAACUCCAGCGAGGUUCCGCUGGAGCAAUAUUUCAAGUCGGACUUGCGGUUUCCUAACAUACCGGUGGGGCUCACACGCGAUGGUAUGUACUAUGUGAAUGCGACGCUGGGUACUCCCGGCCAGUGGCAGCAGCUUGGGCUGGGGCUGGCGCAGCCCUAUGUGUGGGUUGUUUCUGGGGAUGCGGACUCGCAGUGCAACAGGCUGGACAGCGGGUGCCUGUCGGGUCCGCUGUACUACCCGCAGGAGUCGCGGACGUCGAGCACUGGUGGCGACAAGUAUAGCAUCAACUUCAUAGACGGUAUUUCGCUGAACGGUACGCGGUACAUGGAUGUGAUGCGGCUGAUGAACGUGAGCUCGUCGCUGAACGUGUCGGGCGUGGACAGCGGUGUGAGUUUCAGGAACCACACUCUGACGGUGCAGAACCUGUCGUUCUUCAACGCUGACUACUCGUCUGGUUACCUGUACGGGUCUCUAGGUCUGGGUGGGACUCUGAACUCGGACACCGAGCUGGAAGGCGACUUCAUCAACCACUCGUUCUUCUUCCUGGAUGCGUUGAAAGAGGCACGCCUGAUAAACAGUAGUUCCUAUUCGUUGUGGCUGGGGAGCCAGAAGAGGAACGGAUUCGCAGACACCAGUGACGCCAACGAGGCCGGGUAUCUGAUAUUCGGUGCGGUGGACCCCAACUUGGUGGAGGGCGAGUUCAGGAAAUUCGACAUGAUCCCAUACAUACACCCGCAGACGGGCAAAGUCGCAUACGGCUACCCUGUGGUGCCUAUGGGACCAAUCUAUAUAACGUCCAGCUCGGGCAGGAGCCUCAAUGUCACUACGGAUGGCUUCAGUGCGCCGGUGCUGCUGGACCCCAGUUUCGCGCUGAGCUACCUACCUACUAAGGCGAUUAUACAGAUAGCUAUACAGAUAGCGGCGGUGUAUGUGGAGUCGCUCGACCUGUGGCUGGUGUCGUGCGAUGUAGCGUCGAGUGGUGCCACGGUGGACUUCUCGUUCGGAGACCUGACCAUCAAGGUGCCGCUCAGCGACCUGCUCGCGUCGACGCACGACCAGAGCACAAACACCACACUGCAUUUCAACACAGGCCAGGAGGCCUGUGUGCUGCAACUGUACCCUAACACAUUCACCGGGUACAACGUGCUGGGCCAGGCGUUCAUGAAGAACGCAUACUUGGCCGUUGACCUGGAGGGCAAGGGAGUAGCGAUGGGCCAAGCGGCCAACUUCAAGUCUGGGGAGCGCAAGGAGAUAAUUACCAGGCAGGCGAGUAUCGUCACGUUCACUGAUUCCUUGAACAAGACUUCAGUGGCUACAUUCAGCACAGUCCCUUCGUCGAUGACCUCGGGCUACAUACCGUAUGCUACUUACGAGAGCGACUCCGCGUACGACUCGAUGCAGCUGUACCCGUCGAAGGUCGGCAGCCGCAUCACCAGCAUACCGGGCCAGAUAGCCGGCACGGUGUACCCUGGCGGCGUGAUAGCGGGCGAUGGGAGGUCAUUCUACGACACAUCGCGCACCACUACGAAGCUGCAGACCUCUACACAGUUCGACAGCUUCUCGCUCUCGGGCACCCUGGGUUGGAACGACUCGCUGGCGUCCACCAGCUCGACGUCGCGCAGGAACACAGCGCAGCACACAUCUCCAGCCUGGCUGGUAUCCCUCCUGGGUACCGCAUGCGUGCUCCUGGGCUCCAUGGUGAUAUAA